GAUCCUUCGACUUGAGUGAGGCGAUUCGGUGUGCAUGCUAUGUUAGUAUGCGACUGUUUUCGAGAGCUUCAACCUCCAUCAGUUCGACAUCACUUAGGAAAAAAAUAUUCUCUUUAUAAAUGAUUUUUAAGCUGUUGUGAAAGUCAUGAGUUCUAUUGGCACUGGGUAUGACCUGUCGGCGUCACAGUUCUCCCCCGAUGGAAGGGUAUUUCAGGUGGAGUAUGCCAUUAAAGCGGUCGAGAAUAGCGGGACGGUGAUCGGUCUGCGCUGCAAGGACGGCGUGGUCUUUGGAGUGGAGAAACUGGUCACGUCCAAGCUGUAUGAGACAGGAUCCAACAAGAGAAUAUUCAACGCUGACAGACACGUUGGUGUGGCAGUAGCAGGACUCCUUGCAGAUGCAAGACAGCUUGUUGAGACAGCUCGGGAUGAGGCAUCAGAAUACAGAGCAUCAUAUGGUGGGCCCAUCCCACUCAAGUAUUUAGCCGAGAGGGUGGCAAUGUACGCACACGCUUACACAUUAUACAGUGCAGUGCGGCCGUUUGGUUGCAGUAUACUCUUGGGAUCAUACCAAGAAAAAACCCCUCAAUUGUACAUGAUUGAUCCAUCUGGUGUUACCUGGGGCUACCACGGCUGUGCCAUAGGCAAAGCCAAGCAGGCAGCCAAGACCGAGAUAGAGAAACUUCUGACAACAGACAGACAUGUCAAGGACAUGUCCUGCAGGGAGGCAGUCAAAGAGGUCUCAAAGAUCAUCCACAUUGUACAUGACGAAAUCAAAGACAAGAGCUUCGAGUUGGAGCUGAGCUGGGUCGGUGAGAUGACCAACGGUCGACACGAGCUGGUCCCAGAAGAUGUGGCACAGGAAGCAUUCAAAUUUGGAAAAGAUGCAUUAGAGGAGUCGUCCAGCUCUGAGGAUGAGGACAUUUAGAAGAUGACCUUCAAUUUCACAGUAUCGUCCAUUUCCACGAUAGUGCGUAGCUCCCUCGCUCUCCGUUUACUCUGAUCUUUCUUACAAAACCACAAGCUUUGAACAAUGCUAUUUUGCAUUUGUUUUCCACAUACAGUACCCGUAUGUGACAAAAAGAAAAUCUUAGGGUCUUUUUAAUGAAGAAAUGACACUUGACAGUUAUGGAGCUCUUACCUCAUACCCCAAGAAUCUAGUUCAUCCUUUCAUUCAGAUUUGACUGUAAGGAAGAGUGAACCUACAUCAUGUACAAGUACCCUUCAGAAUCCAGAAUUCCCAUGAAACAAGUUUGGUUAGAUUAGUUUAUGGAUAAAGUGUAGCACACUUGUUGAAUUUUGGCCCCAAGUUUUGUAUGUUGGCGCAGUUCAUUAUUUUUGAGAAGGCCCUUUUUUUAUACUUGAGAUGAAACUGAAGGCAAAGACCAGUUUUGAAGUGUGCCCGUCGAAUUGGCCCUUCCUCACUUAAGGGUCUUUUCUUUUGUGUAGUUUCCAUAUAGACACAACAUGCUUACGCCCAGUGGUAUAUUCUUGAAUGUUGGCGCCAUUGACUCUUCCCAUUUCAAUUUUCCCAAUAAAACACAGUGUACUGUGUCAACAUUUUAAAAACAAAUACAUCUAAUUACAACACAGUGUCGAUUAGAGUGGAUUUCUUUCAUGUUGUGGCAAGUCAGCAUUGUGUAACAGCUUUUAUAUGUCCUAAAAAUUAGAAUAGGAGGUAUUGAUUGGUCAUGACCCAGAAACUCUCCACUUCUUAAUACAGAUUUUUGAAACUUAACUAUAAGAGAAUUAAGAAUUAAGUGUACAGUGUACAUGUACUUUAACCUCCAUAGGAUCCUGUUGCCAGGAAGAUUCUUUUGGUAAGGAAGUUACGCUGACUGACCAACUUUUUGGUGUCACCAUAAGUUUCAGGAUGCCCCAAAGCGUGAACUAAAAAAAAAGAAAAAAGUUGGUCUCCACAACAGCAGAAAAGUAUGCAUGUCUUAACUUGAACAUGUACUCGUAGCAUCGCUGCAUUUUCUGCACUUUUGGAAGCCGAAUUUAACCCCUCCCCCGGGCAAGGUUUCUGUUGUUGAGUCCCUGAAUGAGAGAAAGUUAUCUUGACAGUGGAAUUUUUAGUUGCAGAAGUGUGAACGCCUUCGGUAGCAUGAGGAUGCCACAUAUUUCAGGUGCAUGUAUAACUUGCACAAAUAUGGAAUUUAAUAUGUAAUGGGUGAGCAGCACUGGGCUCCAAGAUUUUCAGGCAGUUGGGAAAACAUACAAAAACAAUAAACUUGCUAAGUCUGCUUUUUUCAAACAGAUUACAGUGUUUUCUUUAUUAAAGAAAAUGUGUACAAUUCAGUAUGAACGUAGAGUUGAA